GCUCAAGGUGCAAACAAGGAAGAACAAGGAGAGUUUGGCUGUCUGUAAGAAUCCAAAAGUUUCGCCCAUGGUGGUCAAUCUUGACCAUGCUGGUAUUGCUUUCUUGAUGGUGGUUGUGGCGGGCCUUUCUACCUGUUUGGGUGCCUCCGCGGUCUUCUUCAACUGCUUGGUCCAGUUGGCAAGCAGGCGGGUCUUGGCCGCUGGCUUGGGCUUCUCCUCUGGCAUUAUGCUGUAUGUCUCAUUCAUCGAGAUCUUUCAGAAGGCUAAAGAUGGAUUUACGACUGCUGGGAUUGAAGAGAAGCACGCCUACAUGAUGUCAACUGGCUGCCUGUUUGGUGGUAUGAUACUCAUGCGACUGGUGGUGGCCCUGACAUAUCUCUUGGAUCCUGAACAUGAGCAGGAGUUUGAGCAACUGGAAAAGGCGGCCGAAACGGCCCCUCCAGGCAGUCAUGAGGAUGGAGCCUCACUGGAACAUGUUGGCUUGGAGAACAAAGAUGCAAAGGCCCAGGACUCUAUGGACCCAAUAGACCAAAAACAAACCAAGAAGCUGCUGCGGAUGGGGUUGAGCACAGCUCUGGCAAUUACUCUCCAUAACCUGCCCGAGGGGCUUGCUGGAAUGGUUGCUGGUCUCAUCGAUCCCUCGGUGGGGUUUACAUUGACCUUUGCGAUUGCAAUCCACAAUAUUCCGGAAGGCCUCUGUGUAGCACUUCCCAUCUACUACUCAACGGGAAGCAGACUGAAAGGUUUCCUUUUGGCGGCACUCUCUGGGAUCUCAGAGCCUAUUGGGGCACUGGUCGCCUGGGCGAUUGUGGCAGUAAGUGGUGACGACAUGAAAGGUAUCGUCUAUGGCAUCCUUUUUGGGACCGUGGCAGGAAUUAUGAUCAUGCUUGUGUGCCUGGAAUUGCUGCCCACUGCCCACCGCUAUGACCCUCACGACUCGGUGGUCACUACCAGUAUGGCCUUGGGCAUGCUGGUCAUGGCAGUCUCUUUGAUCCUCUUUAUGCUUUGAUUUGGUACGCCUCUGGGCACAUGGGGUCGUCUGAGCCGUCGGGGGCCUAGUAGGGUCCAAAUGAUAGCUUAAAUAAUGUGUUUGACCUUCCCAGUCAGAGGACCAAACCAGAAUGGAGAUCAACGGAGAUCAAGGCUCAUGGUUUUGGCCGGCCAAGGUGGCCAAGGUUCGGACUGAAAAAGUCUGGUUGCCGUCGUUGCCGUGUGUUUGCUACCUUUAAACGUAGGGCAACCCUGGUCUCAUUGGUUGGCGGACUGUUGCAAUUCGUCCAUGCACAAAUUAAUGGAGUCUGUUCCAAUGUAGACUUGUACUGGACUCAGACUCAUACGUGUAUCAGUAUAUCUCUUGUUCUUGCUAUGAUUCCUUGCAUGACUUGCAAGCAGUUAGGGUGGUGUAUCGCAGCAAGGACAAACUAAGACAGAGUUUACCUGGAUCAGAUUUCACAUUAUGAGAGGCAGAUCACAUGUCACACCUGGACGCCUGGUGUUUUGCCUGGAAGCCGCUUUAAAGGAUACGGAUAUGACGGUUUCACCGAGAUGGCUGCGGCAAAGGCCCCCGGCAACCAGGUUGCUACCCCUGCUUGCUUCCCUUGAAGAAUUGCAUGACCUGGCAUGUAGGACCGUUUAGGUGCCAACCCUGCCCUCGCAGCCUCCCAGUUUUCGACUUCUCAACGCUGCAUCCAGGCCUGUCUUCGGCCUGUGAGUUGUAAAGUUGUAAAGUGAUGCGCGGGCACCGCAAUGCUUUUGAAGAGGGUGAGCAUAGUUUUUCUAAAGUUGUGUCAAAUGCAUCAAGCUGGUCCACUUCCUGGCACAAGCGGGACGAUUUGGAUCGAGUUGCUGCGCGUGCUUGCGCUUGCCUACAUGGCCGCCAGUAUUGACGACAAUUUAUAUGGUUAGAGCAGGAUAUAUAUAUAUAUAUGUGUGUGUGUGUCACAGUUCUUGCGGCGGCUGUUUGGUUGUUUGCUUGCUUGCUUGCUGGCUCGCUCGCUCGCUUGGUUGUGUAUUGGUUUGUUUGUUUGUUUGUUUGUGAUUGAGUGUUUCAAAGCGAGCAGAAACAGGUACUACUGUAUGGUCUUUGAUGUUGCUAUCGUGCUGGAGAGUUCACGUGAGAAGAUAAGGAUGAAGACUUCACUUCCUUGCCUGCAGUUUCUUAGGAGGAAUAUGUAGACACUUAAUUAGGGUCCUAUUCCUUUGGCCUUUUUUUUUAAAAUCACAAUCUCGAAUUACGCAAGAACUCUUUCUGUCUUUUUUGUACUCCUUGUGCGUUUGCCCUUGUCAUUCUGCUAAAGUUACGAUGUUACGUAUCUUAGCUAUAUAAUUCAUCACCGUUUGGAGAUCUAUUUGAUCAGGUAGAUCAAAAUCAUUCACUGACAGUGGCACGCAUACAAUCUUACGGUUACCAUUGCUGUCAUUUUUUUGGUCUUGCCAUGACUACGUCAUUGCUGAAAUGCCCGAUUCCUACUGCAGAUGGUACCAGAAGAGCGAUCUGAGUGCCAACAGAUACAGGUGGCCGUUUUGAGAGCAUCAGCUAGGCGACGUUUUGAUUUGUCGGCUGGGUGCCACAAGGGUCCCAGCUGACUGCGAGACCAUAGACGGAGUCCAGACAGAGGUCCAUCCUUUUCUUUCUAAUUGAAGACCGUGACAGACUGUGAAAGACCGUGCAGGUUGGAUUUGACACUUGCUUGACCCUCGGUUGAAGCAGUCACAAGUGUCAGAUGCAGGGUCUUCUACAGGCUCCGAAUCAUUCUAUCCCAUUUUUAUAGAACAUGAUUGAAGGAAUGUGGACAGCCCGUUGGAGAGUUGAGAAUUGUACAGGGCUGAUAACAUUCCAUGAUUUUUGCAGCAAUUUCCAUUUGGUGGAUGAGUUAUAUGAGUUGAUCUUGGUGCUGCUUCAUCGUGC